GUGUUACUGCAUGACAUCAAUCCCGAAUAACAAGCGAAGAAGAAGAGGGAAACCCAUAAUGGAGGAGGAACUCAACAACAAAUCCGAAAAACAAGCCUAAUAAACACAUGAACUGACAAGGAAAUCAUCCAGAUUUACUCCGGAAUAGAAGGAAAAACAUGGCUUUUGUCACCGCUAACUGGAAUCCUCUUGGAGAGAAUUUUUACAGGAAGACUGAGCUGUAUGAGAUGGGCUGGAAUCUGAAGGAUGGUCUCAGAGAUUGUUUAAUAGCUGCAGCUCCAUAUGGUGGGCCAAUCGCUCUGCUGAGGGAGCCUCAGCGCCGCUCUCCCAGCGCCCGACCCCAGCUAGAGAUCUAUUCUGCUUCUGGAGGGACUCUCGCCAGCUUUCCGUGGAAGAGUGGUGUGGUGAAACAGCUGGGCUGGACGGUGUGUGAUGAUCUCCUGUGCAUUCAGGAAGACGGCACUGUUCUCGUCUACGACCUCUUUGGCAGUUUCAAGAGACACUUCAGCAUGGGCAACGAGGUGGGACAGAGCCAGGUUGUGGAGGCCAAGGUCUUCCAUUCGCCAUAUGGAACCGGAGUUGCCAUAGUAACAGGAGCAUCCCGGUUUACUCUGGCAACGAACAUUGAUGAUCUGAAGCUGAGGAGGUUACCUGAGGUACCAGGUCUCCAGGGGGUGCCAUCUUGCUGGGCAGUGCUUACCCAGGACAGACAGAGUAAAGUGCUGGUUGCAAACGGUGCUGAUCUUUUUAUCCUGGACUACGGCACCUGCACUGCAGUGAGCCCUCCAGGCCUCUCUCCUCAGGCCACCAGUAUAAUACACAUGUGUGUGUCAUUCAGCUACAAGUAUCUGGCGUUGUUUACUGACUCGGGCCAUGUGUGGAUGGGCACCAGCAACCUGAGGGAGAAACUCAGUGAAGUAGAGACCAAAGUCAGAAAUCCACCCAGACAGAUGGCAUGGUGUCGCAGACCUAAAAGUCAGCAGCCCUCAGUGGUGAUCAUGUGGGAUCGGUACCUGCUGGUAGUAGGAGUGUGUAAAGACACCAUCCCAUACCACCUCGAGGACGACUCAGUCCUGGUCCCAGAGCUGGACAGUGUUCGAAUUAUCAACGCCACAAAUCAUGAACUGUUGCAGGAGGUGCCAGCUGCCUGUGAGGAAAUCUUUAAGAUCGCCUCCAUGGCUCCUGGAGCACUGCUGCUGGAGGCUCACAAAGAAUACGAGAAAGAGAGCCAGAAGGCGGAUGAGUAUCUGAGGGAGAUUAAGGAGCGGAAUCUGUUGGGGGAGGCGGUGAAGCAGUGUGUGGAGGCAGCAGGACACGAGCAUGAGGCAGAGACACAGAAAACACUCCUGAGGGCGGCCUCCUUCGGAAAAUGUUUUCUCAGUAAUUUUCCUCCCGAGCCGUUUGUCAGCAUGUGUCGAGACCUGCGAGUGUUAAACGCAGUGAGAGAUUACACUGUGGGAAUCCCUCUCACACACACUCAGUUCAAACAGAUGACUGUUCAAGUGCUCACAGACCGACUAGUAUAUCGCAGGUUGUAUCCUCUGGCCAUCGAGAUCUGUCGCUAUCUGAAAACUCCUGAGUAUCAGGGUGUGAGUCGAGUGCUCAAACACUGGGCCUGCUGCAAGGUGCAGCAGAAAGAGGAGGCUGAUGAGGUCAUUGCAAGGACCAUCAGUUUAAAGCUGGGUGAUGCUGCUGGAAUCUCCUACUCUGAGAUCGCAAAUAAAGCCUACGAAUGUGGACGCACUGAACUCGCUAUAAAGCUGCUGGAGUUCGAGCCUCGCUCUGGUGAGCAGGUUCCUCUGCUGCUGAGGAUGAAGAGGAGCCAGUUAGCACUCAGCAAAGCUAUCGAGAGUGGAGACACGGACCUUGUGUAUACAGUGGUAACAUACCUGAAGAAUGAGAUGAACAGAGGAGACUUCUUCAUGACUCUUAGGAACCAGCCUGUGGCCCUUAGCCUCUAUAGACAGUUCUGUAAGCAUCAGGAACAGGAUACACUGAAGGAUCUCUUUAAUCAAGAUGACGAUCACCAGGAACUGGGCAAUUUCUACGUGAAAGCUAGUUACAAAGAAAAGAGGCUGGAGGCUCGAAUGUCUUUAUUACAAAGUGCAGUAGAUGAGUACAACAAGGCCAAGAAUGAGUUUGCUGCCAAGGCCACAGAGGAUGAGAUGCGUCUGUUGCGUUUCCAGAGGAAGCUAGAGGAGGAUAAAGGCGAGUACCUCCUGGGUUUCUCUCUGCAUGACACUCUGAGCACCCUGCUGUCUCUGGGUCUGCACAAGCUCGCCGAGCAGCUCUACAAGGACUUCAGAGUGCCUGAUAAGAGGUAUUGGUGGCUGAAGCUGACAGCACUGGCUGAUAAAGCAGACUGGGAGGAGCUCGAGAAAUUUGCCAAAAGCAAGAAAUCACCCAUUGGCUACAUGCCCUUUGUUGAAGUGUGCGUGAAACGGAACAACAAAUUCGAGGCCAAGAAAUAUGUGUCGAAAGUCACACCAGAGCAGAGGGUCAAAGCCCACCUGGCAGUAGGUGAUUUGGAAGGGGCAGCAGAUGCAGCUAUUGAGAGGAGGAACGAGGGAGAGAUCAGCACUGUCCUGUCUCGCUGUACUCCCGCCACAGACCGCACGCUGGUAGAGCGUCUUAACCGCGCCAAGGCCACUGCCACCAAAAAAUGAGCCAGAACAUAAUGUGACUUUGCCCGUUGCCAAAUAGUGAUCAGAUCAGUGCUCUCCCCAUUUUCUGCUCGCAGUGUUCUGAGCUCUUGUAAUGACGUUUCAUUAGAAAAUGCGCUUAAUGGAAGACCGUUCCGGGAGCUCUGUGGAUUAAUAUAGGCGAUAAAGAGAAUGAGAACAAGCCCUCAAGCUGUUUCAUUCCAUCUAUUAUCAAAUUUUUACUAAAACUGCAGUUACUUCAUACUUACUGUACUUAAUGUGAUUAUGAUUUAAUGCUCAGCUUUAUUUUUAUUCUGAACCAUCCUUCUUUAUGUUUGUAUAAAUUAAUUUUCUGUAUGCUUUCAUGUUUAUAUUUAUAACUUGGAAUGCAAUUAACUGUCUAAUUAAACAGUAACAGUGUUUCAUUGUGAAAUGAUUUCAUGCUGAUGUUGGAAGUAUGUUAGUUUUUCCCCCGUAAUAUUAAAAUUAUGAUACGGAAUCACA